GAGCGGGGCGGAGCUGGGCAGCGCCGCUGCGGGCGCAGGGUUACCACGAGGCUCCCGCCGGCGCUCCCCGGUCCACCCCGCUCCGCAAGUCGUCGAGGCGGGUGCCCGCGUGGGUGAGCCAGCCCCGGCCGGCCGCAGCCCGCGGCGCUGACCCGGGGAGCCGCACGGGCGAGAUGCCGCCCAGCCUCCGGGCAGCGGAAAGUUUCGCAGCUCGGUGAGCGCGGCGGCAAACUGCCCCCGCCUCCGCCCCCGUCCCCUGGCUGGGCGCCUGGGGCCCGCAGCGCAGCGCAGCGCAGCGCAGCUCCCUCGGGGCCUCCGCCGCUGCACGGCCUGGGGAGGGGGGGGUCGUCUCUGGGGGCGAGGUGCGGGACCGGGGCGCUGUUUGUUCUCCUCCACCCUCCCCGGCUAUAGCCGCAGCAGCCAUGGAGCCCGAGGCGAUUGCGAUCCUCCUCCUGAACCAGAGCGAAGGGCCCCCCCGGGGGGAAUUCAACCUCUCGGGGCUCUCGGAGAAGCCGCAGGACCCCAAGCCCCUCUUCGGCAUCGGCAUCGAGAACUUCCUCACCCUGAUCGUCUUCGGCGUGAUCUUCGCCUUGGGGGUGCUGGGCAACUCGCUGGUGAUCACGGUGCUGGCCAGGAGCAAGCCGGGCAAGCCCCGCAGCACCACCAACAUCUUCAUCCUCAACCUGAGCAUCGCCGACCUGGCCUACCUGCUCUUCUGCAUCCCCUUCCAGUCCACGGUCUACGUGCUGCCCACCUGGGUGCUGGGCGCCUUCAUCUGCAAGUUCAUCCACUACUUCUUCACCGUCUCCAUGCUGGUCAGCAUCUUCACCCUCUCCGCCAUGUCGGUGGACCGCUACGUGGCCAUCGUGCACUCCCGUCGCGCCUCCGCCCUGCGGGUCUCCCGCAACGCGCUGCUGGGCGUGGGGCUCAUCUGGGCGCUUUCCAUCGCCAUGGCCUCGCCCGUCGCGCACCACCAGCGCCUCUUCCACCGGGACGCCAGCAACCAGACCUUCUGCUGGGAGCAGUGGCCCAACCCCCGGCACAAGAAGGUCUACGUGGUCUGCACCUUCGUCUUCGGCUACCUGCUGCCGCUGCUGCUCAUCUCCUUCUGCUACGCCAAGGUCCUUAAUCAUCUGCAUAAAAAGUUGAGAAACAUGUCAAAGAAGUCAGAAGCAUCCAAGAAAAAGACAGCUCAGACUGUGCUAGUGGUGGUGGUGAUUUUUGGCAUAUCUUGGCUGCCACAUCAUGUGAUCCACCUCUGGGCUGAAUUUGGAGUUUUCCCACUGACUCAAGCGUCAUUUCUCUUCAGAGUAACAGCGCACUGCCUGGCUUACAGCAAUUCUUCUGUAAAUCCUAUUAUAUACGCAUUCCUCUCUGAAAAUUUUAGGAAGGCCUACAAACAAGUCUUCAAAUGCCAGAUAGACUAAAAUGGCUGCUAUUCUGAAACCUACAGAUCCUGUUUGGCUGCAGGUCUUGAGGAGUUGCACAUGCACAACCAGAGACCUGAAUUUAAAUACCCACUGACGUCAAAGAAAGGACACCCAUGGACUUCAGUGGGCAUUGGAUUGGGCUGGAUUCUGCCAAUCUUACUUUAGCUGAGAAGUAUUCACUCAUGUGAGUCAUGUGUAUUUUGUCACCAAAUGGUUCCUGUUUACGCUGUUUCACACUAUCUCUCAAAAAGUUUAGAAUUAAAGUGCCCAUUUAAAAUAUUCAAAACUAAUUUUAAUGUGAUACUUUGUUUUAGUACUAGGAGCUAUUCAAGUCCCCUUUAAAAUUGAAUAAGGACAAGAUCAUGCUUUCCAUAUUUGUCUCUGCAGAGUGGAUGGAAGGAUAGGAAAGUCCACUUCAUGGGGCUAUAUUUUGUCAGUGAGAAAGAGGUUGAGGCAAAAUGGCAUAUGGCGAGGUAAAAGCUGUGCAGCUUCUCCUGCUCCUGUGAGAGUGGGUCCCUCCUGCAGCAUUCCAAAGUCCUCUAGAAAGAGGCUUGCUCUUGCAGAUCUCACAUGGAAGGGAGGCUGCUGAUGGUUUCUUGCCAAAUAUUUUCACAGUAUGGAAUUUCUUUUUUCUCGUUUUCUCUUUAAAAAAUAACCUGAAAUUUCAUUAGAAAACUCUGCACUAAGAGAACUUUAAUGUUGCACAAACAAGCACUCAAUUUAAUAAUUUCUGAUUGUUUUAGGGUUUCUCAUUCAACCUUAAAUCUGCAACUUUGCGUGUAUGCAUUAUUAAACCAGGAUUUAUUUACGUGAUCACAUACUCUCUAAAGUAAUACAAUGCAUUAUAAAUUUUUCUACAUGUUAGGUACACAUCUGUAGCAUCUUGUAAAACUACUACGUAUAUGCCAAGCAAUCCAUAAGUUAUAUAUCCGAAAAUCAGAAAGUAAACUAUUCUUAAAUAAUCAUACUACACAAUAAGUGCAACUGCACUACAUUCUAAUAAAAUCUUGCUGGCAUAUCAGUGUCACCUACAUAUUCAGCUACAUUAGCUUCAUAGGCAGUUGCCUCAUCUCCUGAAUUGCACCUGAGGAAUGCAGUCCCCUUUUGGUUAAGAAAGUGGAUAAUACAUGGCUGCUGAUAAAUUAUUAAAAUACAUACUUAUAUUAAAAGUCUAAGUCGAUACAAACAUACUGGACCAUUGACAGUGAAAAUAGUAUAAAUAUUCAAGAAAGAAAUAUGAGAAAAUGCUGUAUCUGUUUAUCUCAAGGAAGAGAAAAAAUGGAAAAUUUUAAUGGCUUAUUUGAGAAAUAAUGUGAGAAGGUAAACAGCAACUGCAUUGGACUGCAUAUGCAAAAGAGGACAGAAUCAAGCUGGUGUGGGAGUCACCCUUAACAUUGCUAUUUCAUGACUUUUGAGUGCUUAACUGUGCCAUUUCAACAUUCUCUUAAUAUAGGGGUUUUUAUUAUGGAAUAUAUUGUGGCUUUGGUAGAUAAGUCAUUUUCAACACAUUAAAAGUGGUUUUCAAGCUAUAAACUAGCUUAAUAAAACAGCUUACUUUUUUGGCAAGAUAAAACAUUUGAGUGAAGUGUUAAAACUCAUGGUCCUACAAAUUUUGAUAGUCAGUGAUUUUGAACUUGUGCAUGUCCUUCCUAACUUUUGAAGCUUAUGGCACUCGUUUUUGUAAAAGAACAUUACUAUCUCCAAGAGAUAAGUAUCAGGUGCACUGUAUUUUAAAAUGUUACAAUAAAGAAAUUUUGUUUUGAAUGCAUAAAUUGUGUGGACAGUGGAGAAAAUCUUUGUACAGUGAUAAUGCUAUGAAUGUUAUUAUUUUAGACUGCAUUAUAUUUGUGGCUGCUGCAUACUUUGGUCUAUUUAUAUUGUGCCUAACAAUAGUUAAUCAUCUUCAGAUAAGAGCAAAGAACAUCUAGCUUAGAGUAUUUGUACUAGUAUUGUGUAUUCAUUACAUACACAAAUUGUGAAAGAGCAGAAAAUUUAAUCUGUAUUUGUGUCAGUGUAUAGUUGACUUAAAGUACCAUGCAGCUGUUCUAAAUGAUAUCUGUAUUCUGCCUUAAUUUUAAAUACAUCUGUACGAUUUAUGUUUCUGCACAUAAUUGUAAGGUACUGAAAUAUUAAAACAGUUUUAGUGUGUUUGUAUAACA